AUGAACUGGUCAGCACUAGAGAGCCUCCUCAGCGGGGUCAACAAGUACUCCACUGUGUUUGGCCGUGUGUGGCUGUCCAUGGUGUUUGUGUUCCGUAUCAUGGUGUUUGUGGUUGCCGCCCAGCGCGUGUGGGGAGACGAGAGCAAGGACUUUGUGUGCAACACCAGGCAGCCCGGCUGCACCAACGUCUGUUACGACAGCAUCUUCCCCAUCUCACACAUCCGCCUGUGGGCCCUCCAGUUAAUCUUCGUCACCUGUCCAUCUCUCAUGGUCGUGGCUCACGUCAAGUACCGCGAGGGGAAGGAUUCAAAGUACGCUUCUCAGCACAAGGGCUCUCACCUGUAUGCCAACCCGGGGAAGAAACGUGGAGGCCUGUGGUGGACCUACCUGGUCAGCCUGAUCUUCAAGGCCGGGGUUGAUGCAGCCUUCCUCUACAUUCUCUACUAUAUCUACCAAGGCUAUGACAUGCCACGUCUCUCGAAGUGUGCCCUCGAACCUUGCCCCAACACAGUGGACUGCUACAUAUCCAGGCCCACAGAGAAGAAGAUCUUCACCAUCUUCAUGGUGGUCUCCUCAGCCGUCUGCAUCUUCAUGUGCAUCCUGGAGAUGUUCUAUCUGGUGGGCAAGCGGUUACAGAAGGUGCUCAAAGUACAGCAGGCCAACGAGAGACUUCUCUUCGCUGAGUGCCAUGAGGUCACCAACAUCGCUCCGCCGAGGUCAUCAUAUAUCAGGGUAGAUCCAACUAUUGGGAGCCAAGAGAACAUCAGCAGACAGAAGAAGACAGAGGAGGCUGCUGCCACAAGCCUGUAGCCCUGAUCUGUUUGAUUUUGGUGCAUAUUAGACUGAAACAUUUCGGAAGUUUACAUACACUUAGGUUGGAGUAAUUAAAACUUGUUUUUCAACCACUCCACAAAUUACUUGUUAACAAACUAUAGUUUUGGCAAGUCGGUUAGGACAUCUACUUUGUGCAUGACACAAGCAAUUUUUCCAACAAUUGUUUACAGACAGAUUAUUUCACUUAUAAUUCACUGUAUCACAAUUCCAGUGGGUCAGAAGUUUACAUACACUAAGUUGACUGUGCCUUUAAACAGCUUGGAAAAAUCCAGAAAAUGAUGUCAUGGCUUUAGAAGCUUCUGAUAGGCUAAUUGACAUCAUUUGAGUCAAUUGGAGGUGCACCUGUGGAUGUAUUUCAAGGCCUACCUUCAAACUCAGUGCCUCUUUGCUUAACAUCAUGGGAAAAUCUAAUGAAAUUAGCCAAGACCCCAGAAAAAGAAUUGUAGACCUCCAUAAGUCUGGUUCAUCCUUGGGAGCAAUUUCCAAACGCCUGAAGGUACCACGUUCAUCUGUACAAACAAUAGUACGCAAGUAUAAACACCAUGGGACCACGCAGCGAUCAUACCGCUCAGGAAGGAGACGCAUUCUGUCUCCUAGAGAUGAAUGUACUUUGGCCACUGCUCCAAAACCGCCAUGAAAAAGCCAGACUACGGUUUGCAACUGCACAUGGGGACAAAGAUCAUACUUAAAAUAGAACUGUUUGGCCAUAAUGACCAUCGUUAUGUUUGGAGGAAAAAGGGGGGCUUGCAAGCCGAAGAACAGCAUCCCAACCGUGAAGCACGGGGGGGGGGGCAGCAUCAUGCUGUGGGGUGCUUUGCUGCAGGAGGGACUGGUGCACUUCACAAAAUAGAUGGCAUCAUGAAGAAGGAAAAUUAUGUGGAUAUAUUGAAGCAACAUCUCAAGACAUCAGCCAGGAAGUUAAAAGCUUGGUCGCAAAUGGGUCUUCCAAAUGGACAAUGACCCCAAGCAUACUUCCAAAGUUGUGGCAAAAUGGCUUAAGGACAACAAAGUCAAGGUAUUGGAGUGGCCAUCAUAAAGCCCUGACCUCAAUCCUAUAGAAAAUGUGUGGGCAGAACUGAAAAAGUGUGUGCGAGCAAGGAGGCCUAUAAACCUGACUCAGUUACACCUGCUCUGUCAGGAGGAAUGGGCCAAAAUUCACCCACCUUACUGUGGGAAGCUUGUGGAAGGCUACCCGAAAUGUUUGACCCAAGUUAAACAAUUUAAAGGCAAUGCUACCACAUACUAAAUUAGUGUAUGUAAACUUCUGACCCACUGGGAAUGUGAUGAACGCUGAAAUAAAUAAUUCUCUCUACUAUUAUUCUGACAUUUCACAUUCUUAAAAUAAAGUGGUGAUCCUAACUGACCUAAGACAGGGAAGUUUUACAAAGAUUAAAUGUCAGGAAUUUUGAAAAACUGAGUUUAAAUGUAUUUGGCUAAGGUGUAUGUAAACUUCCGACUUCAACUGUACUAUGACUGAGAUAUGUGGUUGUCCCACCUAGCUAUCUUAAGCUGAAUGCACUAGCUGUAAAUCACUCUGGAUAAGAGCAUCUGCUAAAUGACUAAAAUGUAAAUACAUAUUGCACUGACUUUGCUGGUAACUACUGUAUGGAGGGGAAAUGUACUUACUAUGACUGAGAUAUGUGGUUGUCCCACCUAGCUAUCUUAAGAUGAAUGCAUUAACUGUAAAUAGCUCUGGAUAAGAUCGUCUGCUAAAUGACUGAUAUAACGUCUUGUCCUAGUGUUGUGGGAACAAAGUUAAAUCUGUUAGAUAGGUAACUCUUGGUGCCACAGAGUCUGAAUGGUAAGGAUUCCAGUAUGUCGAGGGAGCUUACUGGUGCUUAUCUUAGAAUUAUUGAUUGAUGGAAUAUACUGACUUGAGUACAAGCUGGUACCAUCAGGGUGGGGAGUGUCCACUGAAGAUUGUCAGAUGUUGUUGAAGAAACAUGUAACAUGAAGUAUAUAAACUGAGAGAUUUCCUUUGUCCAGAGUUCAGAUGACAAGAGGCGAAGCACGUGCCGUUUGUUAUACGAACCCAGUACCGUAUCAAUUAAAUACUUUGCAUCAAGUCUCCAUAUAAUUGUUUAAGUAUAUUCUUGUAUCCUGAAUUACUUGAUACCAGAGAAACACAUCAUAACAGAAUGGCGUCUACGAACGGAAUACAGUUUCAUCCUAGCCGACAGGUAAGCAGACUUUUUUUUUAAUGAUUAUGUUAAACUCUGCUUAUCUGUGGUAAGGCUGAGCUGUAAAGAACGUUUAAAAUUCAAUAUUUUAAAGGGGGAAGAUGAGUUGUAUCGAGUUAUUUAAUGAGAUGUAAGGAGAAAUAUAAAAUUAGACAAUGACAUGGUGCUAUGAUUCAAAACAGGGUUCGUUCAGAUUAAUGAGUAAAGACUACAGAGGAUAAAGAUAUAGGUUUGAGUCCUUUAAUGUGAAAAAGUUGUGAGGUUCAAGUCCUCAACAAGCUUAGGGAUAAAGGUUAGAGUCCUUUGUUAUGAGGUUCAAGUCCUCAACAAGAUUUGUUAAAGGUUGGAGUCAUUUUGGUACAGGUUGGAGUCCUUUGAUGUUUAUAAGCAUCAUAAAGAAUGGGUUUGAGGCCUAUGAUCGGUCCUCUGAGAGUUAGACUACCUUGGUGAAGGGAUAAUUACUCCUUUGUGAAUUACUCAAAACGGCCAGGAGAGAUAGCAGAUACAAUUAAGCAUGUUGAAUCAUAGCACCAAUGACAAAAUAGGCAAAGAUCAAGUUGGGGAUUUGAUUCAAGUACUGUAUUUGAUUACUAAUAUUGCAUGAACUAAUAAUAAAAACAAUAGCGUCAACUUAGUAGACUGGAAUCUGGCAAGACAAUCACAAGAAUAAAUCAGAGCUUCAUUCACCUCGAAGAGAGAGAAAGGAAAUGACUAAAUUAUUACAGACAAAUCCGCAUUUUAAACAAGUCUCUACUAAAAGUAUCGAAAAUCAGACAAUGCGCGAAUGGAUGUUAAGUAAAUUAGAAUUUGUCUAUGGAGAACCAUUUUUCAGUGAUUUAUCAGCAUGGACAGAUAAUGUUUAUCCUCAAGAAGGUUUUUUUAAAAGGGAUAAGUUACAGAUAGCGCGAAAAUAUAUAAUUGAUAAUAUUGCCGUAAGCAAAACGAAAUGGGAUUUAAAGCAUGCGAUUUAAUGAGCGCAUGAUGGCCUGGAAAUAUAAUUAUUAAGGAGAAAAAGUCAGCUAACGAAGUUAAGUAAUUAAAUGGAACAACAUAGGCUAUCUUAUGAACAAAGAGCAGAAAGUAAUUUUAAUCUGAAGGGUACAUAAUAAAUUAUAGAAAUGUGUAUGAUCAUUUGAUAUAAGUUUGGAUAAUAUGUUUUGAUAUAUAACAGACUUAGGUCAUAGAAGAUCAAGGAGUGGUAUUGAGAGCGGAAUGGUGUUUUACAAAGUAGUGGAAAGUCGGUAUUUUCUGGGUGGAUCCCAUGACAGGCAGGGCAGUGUCCUGGAAACUACAGUCUGUUUUUUUGGUUCCACUGGGAGUAUGUUUGUAGAAGUUGAUUUGUGUCGAUUGAGAAUCGUUAAAAACACGAAGGGAUUGUUUGUUGUGAGUACCUAGGAGUUCUAACAUUCUAGGUGGAUUAUGUGAAUAUAUGGAAAUAUGAUUAAUUUUAUGUGUGUUUAAGUAUACAAUAUGUUAACCCCAAAACGUAGACGUACGUCAGGGGUGGGAAACGAUAAAUAAAACUUUUCGGAGUUGGUGCCAUUUAUGGAUCAUGUGAUAGAGAUAAGGUUUAAGGAAUAAACUGUCCAUAAGGACUGGAAUUGAUAGACGUAACUUAUAACAUAGUACAAAGCCAAUUUAGGGUUUCCAUUAAACUAAUUAUCAUUGAGGAGCUAUGGUGAGGAAGUGAAGGAAUUUCAUUAUGGAUCAGAUGUUAAGACGACAAACCAUUGUAAUUGGGCUAUUUGAGGGAUUUCUUUGUCAUUUCAAUAGCAUUGGGUCAAUGGCAUAGAGUAAAAUCUGGGUUUCUGAGUGUAAUUCAACUGUUGGUAUGUGUUGCUUAGACAGAUAAUGCAGACAGUGUUUGUUUUGUGAUGUAAACUGGAUGAUUUAGCAGCUUGUUUGGUUCAAAUUGAAAGACUCACUUAUGCCACAGGAAUAGCGUGACGAUUUCGAGGUAGUCAUUUUUUUGAGUUGCCUAAUGGUUUGCUAGCUUAAACUACUGUGAAUGGGGUUAUAAUUUAAAAUAUUGAAUUGGAUAUGGAUAUUAAUUGAAUAUAUGCUUGUCAACUACAGCAAGUGUUUGUUGUAUUACCUGUAGCCUAAGUAGUAGGGACAGUUACCUAAAUGUACUGAAUUCUAAUAACAGCGGAUUGACAAUUGCGAUAGAACUGUGGCCAUAAUCUUACGUGAUAACAUUAAUUUCAAAGCAUAGCCAGAUAUGCUAGGGUGAGUGGAGUAUGGUAUGAUGAGGAAGACAAGGAGUGAGAGAUUUUAGGUCAUUUUAUUAUUCUGGAGUAGUAACGAGGAAUUAGAUUGAAACAAACGAUUAUUGAUAUGAGGUAGUACAGUGGAAUUAUCUGCAUCAUGUUUUGUGUGUAAUGACUAUUUUUGGAUUGCUGGUUAUAACUGAAUGUUAACAACAAGUCAACUUUCUGUUACAGGAGAAGGGGGUUUCUUAUCUUUUUCAGAUGUUCCUGAGUAUGUGGUCUUGGGGAGAGAUGUUAGUUGAAUUGGGCAGUUUUGUAAGUAUUAAGAUAUCAGGAGUAGGCAGUGAAGGGAGCUACCAAAUUAAAUAAGGCAAUUUUUUGGUUUUCACACAACCCACCUAUGAAAUGUUAGUUGGAUUGGGUUUUUAUUUUAUUUUAGGGGAUUUUCAAGGGUUAGAAAUGACGUAUCUUAAAGGGACACACACACAUGGAAGUGUUUGAAGUUUUAUUUUCUGAGUGAGUUUUAAUUAAACAUAUGUGAUUUAUUUUGAUAAGAACUGUUAUGAAGUAUUACUAUACACUUGGGAUACGAAAAUGUAUGAAAUGUUUUGAAUGUUGUUAAUGAUUAGUCUACUAUAGAAUGAAACACUUCUUUGAAGGAUUUGAAUGACCUCUGACCUCUGUUCUAACUUUCUAGUGUGAUUUGAUCACCCACACUGGAAACCCGAGAGGCAUAGGAUGGUGAAUUUAAGGUCAUUUAUUAUAACGAGUUGAGGGUAAUUUGUAAUACUGAUAAUUAUGACGAAGUUUAUGGUUCAUAAUCCUAUAUAUGAUUCGGACCAUGACAAGGACAGAGAGAGAGUGCUAGCCCUGUAUGAGGGAUAAGUGUCGCUAGUCAAUUUUACUAUUCCUGAAUUACUUUAUGGGAUACAAUUAAGUUAAGAUAUUAUCAAAGGUUGUCAUUCUAAUUUCAUUUAUUAUUUUGAUUUAACAGGCACUGUUGUUGUUUUAUUUUUUGAACCCAUGAAUCACGAUGUGAGUCAUGUGACCAGAAGGGGGAAUUACUGGUCUUUGUGGUAAAUAUGCGAAUUGUAUUAAGAAUAUGAGCAGUAGUAAUUCAUGUGUUAUGGUUUAGAUGGAAUGUGUUAUGUGCAAAUGAGCCUGUCUCUGAAAGAUAAUAGACUACAACGAGAUGCAUGAAUGUGCACUUCCUAAUCUCAAGGCUUCUCCUGACUGAUGAGAAGACAUGGUACAGUAGCAUACUGUGUCUCACCUAACAAUGUUCUUAAGACUUUCUUCUCACGGGUGAAGGUUUCUCUGCCCAACCUAGAAGGAGAAUCUGUGAGUUGUAUAUGCUGGAGACUUUGUGGCGGUUAAAGACUACAGAAGAAAUAGCUGGAAAUACCCUAGGUAGAGGGGCCCGUACCAGGUGUUGCUGACUACCUCGAUGAUGGUGAAAGUGGCAGAGACAGAUAUCUAGAUCUAUGUGUCUCACUGUAGGAGAGUUCCAACCCCAGAAGAGGAAGAUGGCCUCGCCAUUGGGUAGCGUUAUUUUAUUUUGUGUCUGUAUGUGUCUGUGUCUUUGCAGUAGUGACUCCGAGCUUCCCUAUUGGUAAGCUGCCAGAAGGACACUCUCCGAAGACCGAUGUUGGUGAAUUGAGAGGGAAUCUGCCUGAUCCGAGAUCCUAGUGACGGAAGAUUGUCCCGAGCCAAAGAGACCAUACAUCGUCACCCAGGCUACACCAACUGCUGUACAAAUAGAGGGGAGCUUGCCCUGGUAUCAUCUAAACCACUUCGCCAGAGUACCAUGAGGAAACCGCCGACCUAGCGAUGAGGGAGCUGAGGAUGAUGGAGCUGGCCAGUAUCAUGAGAUGGGAGGAUGACAAGGGGAAGGCUACUGAUGAGCUACAUGCUCUGGCUGAUUCGACAGGGUGAUAAGGAGAGUAUAUUAGCAAUUGGUAUUAAGAAUAAUUGGUAAAACAUAAUAAUUUGUCAUAUAGUCAAUGCUUAUAUGGUUUUCUUGGACCAGAUAUGAACUUAACUAAACUGUUAUGAUCUGUCCUCUCUCUCUCUAACUACAGAUGGUGUCUGGAAUGCAUAGCAGGGAUAAUUCGGUCAAGAACGGUGUGAACCUCAACAACAACAAAAAAUACGCUUCUAAACCAGCUGAAGAUGAGCAACAAGGCAUUGAAUACGGUCCUGUCCAGCACCACUUCUACCUGCAACCGAUGUAUAGCAUCCAAUCGAAGCUAUCAACUGUCUUUUAUCUCAUGCUUUUCUCGCGGGAGUCCAUGUGGAGUGGGCAUGGAGAGAGAUCCGUUAAAAUAUAACAUUUCUCAUGUUGUUGGUAUAUUGGUUGGCAAAUGGACGAGACAGAAUGGGGGGUAGAGAUGGUAGCUGCUCGGAUGAGACAUUGAAAUUGGGACAUUAUCAUGGGCAAUUCAAGUUGAACUAUGAAGCUGUCUGAAGAACAUAAUGAAGAAACGCCAGAAGAUUGAGUGGCGGGGAAGGACGGGGUUGGUCAGCUGUGUCCAUAAUUAAUUUGGACUUCUCUAAAUUUGAUAAUUUGGGUAUGAGGUUGAUGUAGAAGGUAUAUACACUGCUACAUUUAUAGUAAUUUGGACUAAGAAUGCAUUGUGAUAGUGAUCUGUAGUUAUUCUCAUGAUGAGGAAGGUAAUACUAGAAUUCUGGAUAGUUAUACUGUAUGUUAAUAUGUGUACAUUCUGACAGGGGUAAUGUGUGCUAAGUUGAGGGUUUUUAACUUUGAGUGAUAGGACCAAUGUGAAUCACUGAGAAUUGUCAUGCUAAAGUUGGGAUAAUUAAUUUGAUUGUCACGCUGACAUUGAGAUCUCUAGUUGGGUUGGUCAGGGUGUGAAAUCAAAUGUAUAUAUUUCAAUGUUGGUUCCCAAUCAGAGGCAGCUGUCGGUCGUUGUUUCUGAUUGGGGAUCAUACUUAGGCAGCCAUGUUGCCUACCUUAGUUGUGGGAUCUUGUUUCUGUUUGGCUUGUUUGAUGUUUAGCCUCUUGAACUUCAUGUUCUGUUGGAUUUUGUUAUUUUGUAGGUGUUUAUUAAAAUAAACGACUAUGUACGCAUACCGCGCUGCACCUUGGUGCGAUCCUUUACACAACGAACGUGACAGAAGAUCCCACCACCAACGGACCAAGCAGCGUGGCCAGGAGGAGCAGACAUGCUGGACAUGGGAGGAGAUAUUGGCCGGUAAGGGACCCUGGGCGAAGGAAGAAGCCCAGGCAGGAAAGGAAAAACGGCGACUCAAACACGGGGUGGUUGGCGACGCAGCAGGAGGCCCUGAAAGGGCUGACUGUGAAGGAGGAGAGAGCUAUAGAGGAGGCCACUCUGAAGAUGGAGGCCCUCCAAGUAGCUAAAGACCUGCAGCUCAGCACUCUGAGAGAGGAGGCCACCACCUUACAGGAGCUGUUAGUUAAGAGGGAGCAGGAGCUCUCCCUUCAGAAGGAGGCGCUGCAGGAGGCCCACAGGGAGAAGGAGUCAGUGGAUGCACGGAGAGAGGAGCCUGCCAGGCAACAGGAGGAGCUGAGAGAGGAGUUAACCCUCCAGCAGCAGAGUGCUCGGUCCUUAGAGCAGAGGCUGGCGGAGCCAGGUUUAGCAGAGCCAACUCCCCGCACUCGCUUUGAGGAGCGUGUGACCGUGCAGGCACCAGGCUAUGCACCGGCUUUACGCCUUCACAGACCGGUACGGCCGUGCCUGCUCCUCGCACCUAACCAGUGGUGCGUGUCUCCAGUCCGAUACGGCCCGUACCUGUUCCUCGCACCUAACCAGUGGUGCGUGUCCCCAGCCUGGUACGGCCCGUGCCUGCUCCUCGCACCAAACUAGUGGUGCAUGUCUCCAGCCCCCUGCGCCCCGUACCUGCUCCUCGCACCAAACCAGUGGUGCGUGUCUCCAGCCUGGUACGGCCCGUGCCUGCUCCUCGCACCAAACCAGUGGUGCGUGUCCACAGCCCAGUGUGUCCUGUGCCAGCGCCCCGCACUGGCACGAAGCCUCCAGUGAUGAUCCAUGGCAUGAAGCCUCCAGUGAUGAUCCAUGGCAUGAAGCCUCCAGUGAUGAUCCAUGGCACGAAGCCUCCAGUGAUGAUCCAUGGCCCGAAGCCUCCAGUGAUGAUCCAUGGCCCGAAGCCUCCAGUGAUGAUCCAUGGCCCGAAGCCUCCAGUGAUGAUCCAUGGCACGAAGCCUCCAGUGAUGAUCCAUGGCACAAAGCCUCCAGUGAUGAUCCAUGGCACAAAGCCUCCAGUGAUGAUCCAUGGCACGAAGCCUCCAGUGAUGAUCAAUGGCACGAAGCCUCCAGUGAUGGUCCAUGGCCCGGAGCCUACUGCGACGGUCUGCAGUCCAGAGCCUCCAGCUCCGGUCAGCUGCUUUAAUCCAGUGCCAGAGCAGUCCGCUCCACCGGUGCAUAGUCCAGCGCCGGUCAGCUGCUCCACUCCAGUCAUCUACCUAUAUUGUAGUCUACAUGUAACUUAGGAAUUGUUAGGAGGCAAUGUAUUUCCUUGGAUGAUGUCAUGAUGUUAAGCAUUUAUUUUUAUGUAUGUUUUUCUUGUAUGGUCUAUGUGGGAUUUUUCCUGGUACAGUUGAAGUCAGAAGUUUACAUAGACGUAGGUUGGAGUCAUUAAAACCCGUUUUUCAACCACUCCACAAAUUUCUUGUUAACAAACUAUAGUUUUGGCAAGUCGGUUAGGACAUCUACUUUGUGCAUGACACAAGUCAUUUUUCCAACAAUUGUUUACAGACGGAUUAUUUCACUUAUAAUUCACUGUAUCACAAUUCCAGUGGGUCAGAAGUUUACAUACACUAAGUUGACUGUGCCUUUAAACAGCUUGGAAAAUUCCAGAAAAUGAUGUCAUGGCUGUAGAAGCUUCUGAUAGGCUAAUUGGCAUCAUUUCAGUCAAUUGGAGGUGUACCUGUGGAUGUAUUUCAAAGCCUACCUUCAAACUCAUGGGAAAAUCAAAAGAAAUUAGCCAAGACCUCAGAAAAGAAAUUGUAGACCUCCACAAGUCUGGUUAAUCCUUGGGAGCAAUUUCCAAACGCCUGAAUGUAUCACGUUCAUCUGUACAAACAAUAGUACGCAAGUAUAAACACCAUGGGACCACGCAACUGUCAUACUGCUCAGGAAGGAGACGCGCUCUGUCUCCUAGAGAUGAACGUACUUUGUGUGAAAAGUGCAAAUCAAUCCCAGAACAACAGCAAAUGACCUUGUGAAGAUGCUGGAGCAAACAGGUUCAAAAGUAUCUAUAUCCACAGUAAAACGAGUCCUAUAUCGACAUAACCUGAAAGGCCGCUCAGCAAGGAAGAAGCAACUGCUCCAAAACCACCAUAAAAAAGCCAGACUACGGUUUGCAACUGCACAUGGGGACAAAGAUUGUACUUUUUUGAGAAAUGUCCUCUGGUCUGCUGAAACAAAAAUAGAACUGUUUGGCCUUAAUGACCAUCAUUAUGUUUGGAGGAAAAGGGGGAAGGCUUGCAAGCCGAAGAACACCAUCCCAACCGUGAAGAACGGGGGUGGCAGCAUCAUGCUGUGGGGGUGCUUUGCUGCAGGAGGGACUGGUGCACUUCACAAAAUAGAUGGCAUCAUGAGGAAGGAAAAUUAUGUGGAUAUAUUGAAGCAACAUCUCAAGACAUCAGUCAGGAAGUUAAAGCUUGGUCGCAAAUGGGUCUUCCAAAUGAACAAUGACCACAAGCAUACUUCCAAAGUUGUGGCAAAAUGGCUUAAGGACAACAAAGUCAAGGUAUUGGAGUGGCCAUCACAAAGCCCUGACCUCAAUCCUAUAGAACAUUUGUGGGCAGAACUGAAAAAAUGUGUGCGAGCAAGGAGGCCUACAAACCUGACUCAGUUACACCAGCUCUGUCAGGAGGAAUGGGCCAAAAUUUACCCAAUUUAUUGUGGGAAGCUUGUGGAAGGCUACCCGAAACGUUUGACCCAAGUUAAACAAUUUAAAGGCAAUUCUACCAAAUACUAAUUGGGUGUAUGUAAACUUCUGACCCACUGGGAAUGUGAUGAAAGAAGUAAAAGCUGAAAUAAAUCAUUCUCUCUACUAUUAUUCUGACAUUUCACAUUCUUAAAAUAAAGUGGUGAUCCUAACUGACCUAAGACAGGGAAUUUUUACUAGGAUUAAAUGUCAGGAAUUGUGAAAAACUGAGUUUAAAUGUAUUUGGCUAAGGUGUAUGAAAACUUCAGACUUCAACUGUACAUACUGUAUAGGUAGGGGUAAAGUGAUUAGGCAACAGGAUAGAUAAUAAACAGUAGCAGCAGCAUAUGUGAUGAGUCAAAAGAGUUAGUGCAAAGAGGGUCAAUGCAGAUAGUCCAGGUAGCUUUUUGGUUAACUAUUUAGUAGUCUUAUGGCUUGGGGGUAUAAGCUGUUCAGGGUCCUGUUGGUUCCAGACUUGGUGCAUCGGUACCGCUUGCCAUGCGGUAACAGAGAGAACAGUCUAUGACUUGGGUGGUGGAGUCUUUGACAAUUUUUAGGGCCUUCCUCUGACACUGCCUGUUAUAGAGGUUCCAACCGCCGUGUCUUUGUGAGACGCAUAGUAGGUGAACAGAUUAUAUCUGAAAGGGUUGGUGUGAGGUGUGACCCAGGUGCGGUGCAGGUUAGACAGUAGGCAGUAGGCAGAGAUGGUGAAACAAGGAACUUUACUGAUGGUCCCGAAGCCAGGAUACAAAAUAAAGGACUUUACACGAAAAGGAAAGGCGGAGCAAAUAAGACUCCAAAAAACAGGCAUACAGCCAAAAAUACGAAAUACUAACUAUGACUGAAAUAAUAACUAAACAGGGAGAACACUUCUCACGUACCUGUCCAUACGUUCCGCGAUUAGACACUGAUUAGUACUGCUUGGCAUGGUGAAACUAGCAGAGAAAACUGAGCAAGGGAACACAGGGAAGUGAGGGCAUAACUUAACCAGUAUGGCUACCACAGCAUUCUGCAGCGAUACGCCAUCCCAUCUGGUUUGCGCUUAGUGGGACUAUCAUUUGUUUUUCAACAGGACAAUGACCCAACACACCUCCAGGCUGUGUAAGGGAUUUUUGACCAAGAAGGAGAGUGAUGGAGUGCUGCAUCAGAUAACCUGGCCUCCACAAUCACCCGACCUUAACCCAAUUGAGAUGGUUUUGGAUGAGUUGGACCGUAGAGUGAAGGAAAAGCAGCCAACAAGUGCUCAGCAUAUGUGGGAACUCCUUCAAGACUGUUGGAAAAGCAUUCCAGGUGAAGCUGGUUGAGAGAAUGCCAAGAGUGUGCAAAGCUGUCAUCAAGGCAAAGGGUGGCUACUUUGAAGAAUCUCAAAUAUAAAAUAUAUUUUGAUUUGUUCAACACUUUUUGGCUACUACAUGAUUCCAUAUGUGUUAUUUCAUAGUGUUGAUGUCUUCACUAUUAUUCUACAAUGUAGAAAAUAGUAAAAAUAAAGAAAAACCCUGGACUGAGUAGGUUUUUUAUCCAUGUCACGCCCUGGCCUUGAGAGGCCGGUUGUCUUUAGUUGGUUUGGUCAGGGUGUGAAUUUCUAUGUGUUGAUCUAGUUUUGUAUUUCUAUGUUGGCCGGGUGUGGUUCCCGAUCAGAGGCAGCUGUCUAUCGUUGUCUCUGAUUGGGGAUCAUACUUAGGCAGCCAUGUUGCCUACCUUAGUUGUGGGAUCUUGUUUGUGUUCCUGUUAGGCUUGUUGUGUGUAUAGCCCAUAGGACUUCACAUUUUCGUUGUUUUGUUAUUUUGUCAAGUGUUUAUUCGUCUUAAUAAACAUGUACGCAUACCACGCUGCACCUUGGUCUGACCCGUCUCUCAACGAUCGUGACAAUCCAACCACAGAAGUCCACUCUCAAUGUUCAAAAUACACCAGGGAACAUAAUUUGGGCACAGAAGAUCAAUAGUUUACUUUUUUAAAUACUCUGGAUUAAGUUUUAUCACACGCACAUACAGGUUUUUGCCAAAAUUAAGGAAACACCAACAAAAAGUGUCGAGAAGGCUGCAGUUUGGGCAGCAUGUGCACCAAAUAUAGGCUACAGCUUGUUGCUUUGUGGCCAUAAACAUAUAAUCCAUAGAAGGGUUUUGUAACCCUGUGUCACGACUCCCUCCGAAGCUGCCACCUCUCCUUGUUCGGGCAGGCUUCGGCGUUUGUCAUCACCAGCCUUCUAGCCACUACCGCUCCUCAUUUCAUCAUUCCAUUGGUUUUGUCUUGUUCCUUACACACACCUGGUUCAUAUCCCCUCAUCAGUACCUGUAUAAGUGUUCCCUCUGCCCCCUUGUCUUUGUGUGUGAUUGUUUAUUGUGAGGAUAGUGAAGCUCGGUGGAGCUCCUUGUAUUUUGCAUCGCUGGGUUAUUUUCCCAGUGUGCCUUGUUGGUUCCAGUGCGCCUGUUUAGCGCACUGGACUGUUUUGACGCAUUACUGCGUAACUCUGUUUUCCGGAAUAAAUCCUGUUAUUCUGUGAUUUACCCUCAGGCGCCUGACUCCUUCAACUCACCCAUCACACCCCGGGGCCUAUGAUUUCUUAAUCCGGUCCUGCAAAUGCAUCCAACAAGUUUGUAGUCACAAGCUUGAUGUAGUUAUAGUGUGCAAGGAAUAAGUGAAUUAGUCCAAAUACUUAUGAAGUCUUCAAAUGGGGGGACUAGGUACAUAAAGUGCUUUCAUUUCUAAACGGUAAAACUGAUACUGUAUGUAUGAAAAUUACCUCAUAUGAACAAUAUGUAUAGAGGCAAAUUUAGAAUUUUAGCUUCACUGUCCAAAUACAUACAGGGAUGAAAAUGUGUGUAUUUUUAAAGAUACAUAUAUUCAUAUGUAUUUUUUUAAAUAAUUAAGGCACUGUCCAGAACCCCUAACUCUAUGUAGAGGGCUUAGUAGUAGGCUAGGUCAGGUCUAGUCCCCAAUAAAAAUGGCAGUAUAGAAUAUCAAAGGAAACCUGUUUCUAACCUAUUCAAUUGAAUGUUUAUUGUUCUCAUGACUCAGAGGCCGAUGGCCAUAACAAAAGCAACGACACCCACUCUCAGUCAUUUUGAAAUGUGCAACGUUCACCUCACUCACUCAGAACACCAUGCAAAUGAAAUCACCUCUCACUCUUCAACAAAACAGUAUUUGCAUCGCCACCACAGACAAUUCAAUACCCCUUUUCCAACUGCAUGCUUUACACAAUAUAAAGGCAACAACAACCUUUAUACAAUUCAAAAGGCCACAACAAUCUUUGUACGGUUCAAAAGCUACAACAAAAAUACAGAUAAAUUCAAAAGCACUCCUUUUUCUGAAAUCAUCUCUUUUUACUCUCUCUCACAGGUUCUAUCCCCCCGUCUGUGUUCUGAAGUCUCAGCCCACACUGCCUCUCUCUCUCUCUCUCUCUCUCUCUCUCAGCUAAAACGCCUUUUAAAAUAGAACACACUCCAUCCGCAGCACAGCACAUUGCCUGCCUGCCCAGUUACAUAAGCGACACCUGUAGAAACCUCCUACAAUUCAAUUUCUCCAUUAUCAAAACACCUUCUCCCUCACUCUAUUCUUCCCUCUGUCAUCUAACCACAAUAGCCAUUUCCUUUAGUGCUCUCUCGUUGCCAUGGCUUACACAGUUUAUUGUCCCUCAUUCAAGAAUUGUCUGAUCCCACUGGGCACAGACGUCUAUUCCACGUUGGUUCAACGUUAUUUAAUUGAAACGACGUGGAAACAAUGUCGAUUCAACAAGUGUGUGCCCAGUUAGAUGGGUCUAUCAUUCAAAUAUCAAUUGAUGGCAGCCGAUAAGGAAGAGCGAGGGUGUCAGAUGUAGCUAGCACCUGGCAGAUAGUCUACUGCAUGAUUCACCCACUCGGCUACACCCACUCAUGCAGUGUCCUAGCUGGCUUCAUAUCACACAUACUGUAGAAACAAGCACACAGCAUGCACCCCCACAUACUCCUUGUCAAAAAUGCAGGACCAAAAUAUAUUUUAAAAAAAUUAUUGAGUGAGAAAAUAAACAUGUUUAAUCGUAAAUAUGUUCUUAUCUGUAUUCUCUAAUGAUAAUAAUGAUGAUGAUACAUAGAACUGUGAGUGAGUGCCAGUCUGUUUGUGCUAUAAUGCCAACUCCCUUCAAUCAUUCCCAAAUGAAAGAAAUACUACAGUUUACUAUAGAAUACUACAGUACUUACUAUAUAAUUAUAUUGUAAACUGUAGUAUACUGUAGAAUACUAAGCUACACACUGUAUUAUCCCUCAAUCAUGUGUAGUACUCACUAUAGAAUGUUGUAGAAUACUAUAGUAAAUACUACUGUUACAAAGGCUCAUGGCAGCAACCAGGUUUUUCCUCUACUCUGGGUAUGCCCCUCCCUGGUAAUUACCAUACCUGUUCCCACUGAACUAAUUGAGAUACCUGCACUAUUUAGGCUGCAGUUUUCCCUCUUAGCUUUCAGUUGUGCUGGUGAUUCCAUGGGGUGGCCAUCUUGCCUUUGAACCUUCUUUGUUGUGUGUGACUGACCAAAAAUCACAACAAUUCCAUAACCUCCAAACAACCCAAUGUGUUGUGUGUAAUAAAAUCAAGUAUUGGAUUCCACCUCCUCACUCCUGUAACAUCAUGUACCAUAGCGGUAGCAACAGCCCUGAACCUAACUUACAGCCCACCCUAGUCCUAGCCAGUCCUUUUCAACUACAGUAUUACCCGCAAAAAAAGCACUGUAGUAAAUAAUACAGUAACGUCCUCAAAAACACUACAGUAAGCAAAACCAUUUUUUAAACUAUAGUAAAUACUACAGUAUUAAUUUGCAUAUACCCUGCCCAUUCCAAAAGUGAGAAACCUACAUUCCAAAUAUAGACCCUGUAUUGUGUUCCCUACAGUUUAUAGAAAGAGAAGAAGCACUGAACUAUCUGUUCAGACCUACCUACAUGUUAUAGAAAAGUGUAGCUCAAUUGGUAGAGCAUGGCGCUUGUAACGCCAGGGUAGUGGGUUCAAUCCCCGGGACCACCCAUACGUAAAAAUGUAUGCACACAUGACUGUAAGUCGCUUUGGAUAAAAGCAUCUGCUAAAUGACAUAUUAUUAUUAUAAGUUCUGAUCUAUCCGUUCAGGCCUACCUACCUAGAUGGAAAAUGUGCUCUUUUAGUAUUUUUCCAAUAGGUUUCCAGAAGGAGAAAGCCUCCACUUCUAUGUCAAAGAUAAUAAAACAAAGACACUAUAGUAAAUACUACAGUCGUUUCUGCUAAAACACUACAGUAAAUAUUACAGUAUAGUACAGUCCACAAAAACAGUAAAUACUGCAGUAUACAACAAUCCACAAAAAACACUACUUCAAUUACUAUGGUAUUACUACCGUUUUUUUUACCACAGUAUUUAUACUAUAGUUACCUGUAAAUACUACAGUAUAUAACAGUAAAUACUGCAGUAUUAACUGUACUUUAGUCCGCAAAAAGACUACAGUGAAUACCUCACCUUGCUCGGGCAGGCUUCGGCGUUCGUCGUCACCGGAGUACUAGCUGCCACCGAUCCAUGUUUCUGUGUUCUACUUGUUUUGUCUUGAUUUCACACACCUGAUUCCCAUCACGUUAAUUUGUUUCCCUAUUUUACCCUCUGGUUUCCUCAUGGUGUUGUGCGUGAUUGUUCGUUGUUUUGCUGUCGUUCUUGUGAGCUGGUAUUUUUUUCUUCCCUGCGUGGAAGAUAUGCUCUGUUACUUUUGUUAAGUAAAGUACGUCGUUUACUAAGUUAUGUGUCCUGAGCCUGACUCCUUCCUACCGCUACACACUGACACAUGACAUCAGUAAGGUCUGCAAAAACACUACAGUGAAUAUUAUAGUAUUUACAGUGCAUUCGGAAAGUAUUCAGAAACCUUCACUUUUUCUACAUUUUGUUACGUUACAGCCUUUUUCUAAAAUUGAUUAAAUCGUGUUUCCCCUUCAUCAAUCUACACACAAUACCCCAUAAUGACAAAACAUAAACAGGUUUUUAGAAAUGUUUGCAAAUGUAUUACAAAUAAAAACUGAAAUAUCACAUUUACAUAAGUAUUCAGACCCUUUACUCAGUACUUUGUUCAAGCACCUUUGGCUGCGAUUACAGCCUCACAUCUUCUUGGGUACAGUGAUGUAAAGUACUACUUAAGUAGGUUUUUGGGGUAUCUGUACUUUACUUUACUAUUUAUAUUUUUGACAACUUUAUACUUUUACUUCACUACAUUCCUAAUGAAAAUUAUGUACUUUUUACUCCAUACAUUUUCCCUGGCACCCAAAAGUACUCGUUACAUUUUGAAUGCUUAGCAGGACAGGACAGUUGUCUAAUUCACACACUUAUCAAGAGAACAUCCCUGGUCAUGCCUACUGCCUCUGAGCUGGUGGACUCACUAAACACAUGCUUUGUUUGUAAAUUAUGUCUGAGGGUUGGAGCGUGCCCCUAGCUAUCCGUAAGUAAAUUUAAAAAACAAGAAAAUGGUGCCGUCUGGUUUGCUUAAUAUAAGGAAUUUGAAAUGAUUUAUACUUUUACUUUUCAUACUUAAGUACCAAACCAAAUACUUUUAGACUUUUACUGAAGUAGGAUUUUACUGGGUGACUUUCACUAUUACUUGAGUCAUUUUCUAUUAAAGUAUCUUUACUUUUACUCAAGUAUGACAAUUGGGUACUUUUUCCACCACUGCUUGGGUAUGACACUAAAAGCUUGGCACACCUGUAUUUGGGGAGUUUCUCCCAUUCUUCUCUGCAGAUCCUCUCAAGCUCUGUCAGGUUGGAUGGGGAGCGUCGCUGCACAGCUAUUUUCAGGUCUCUCCAGAUAUGUUAGAUCGGGUUCAAGUCCGGGCUCUGGCUGGGCCACUCAAGGACAUUCAGAGACUUGUCCUGAAGCCACUCCUGCGUUGUCUUGGCUGUGUGCUUAGGGUCGUUGUCCUGUUGGAAGGUGAACCUUCGCCCCAGUCUGAGGUCCUGAGCGCUCUGGAGCAGGUUUUCAUCAAGGAUCUCUCUGUACUUUGCUCCGUUCAUCUUUCCCUCGAUCCUGACUAGUCUCCAAGUCCCUGUCACUGAAAAACAUCCCCACAGCAUGAUGCUGCCACCACCAUGCAUCACCGUAGGGAUGGUGCCAGGUUUCCUCCAGACUUGACGCUUGGAAUUCAGGCCAAAAAGUUCAAUCUUGGUUUCUUCAGAUCAGAGAAUGUUGUUUCUCAUGGUAUGAGAGUCCUUUAGGUGCCUUUUGGCAAACUCCAAGCAGGUUGUCAUGUGCCUUUUAUUGAGGAGCAUUUAUAGUUAUUAUGGAUCCACAUUAGCUGCUGCCAAGGCAUAAGGUGUAUUUUUAUCUGUUUUUUAAAUCUGAUUCUACUGCUUGCAUUAGUUACCUGAUGUGGAAUAGAGUUCCAUGUAUUCAUGGUUCUAUGUAGUACUGUGCGCCUCACAUAGUCUGUUCUGGACUUGGGGACUGUGAAGAGACCUCUGGUGGCAUGUCUUGUGGGGUAUGCAUGAGUGUCUGAGCUGUGUGCUAGUCGUUUAAACAGACAGCUCUGGGCUUUCAACAUGUCAAUACCGCUCACAAAUACCAGUAGUGAUGAAGUCAAUCUCUCCUCUACUUUGAGCCAGGAGAGAUUGACAUGCAUAUUAUUAAUGUUUGCUCUCUGUGCACAUCCAAGGGCCAGCCGUGUUGCCCUGUUCUGAACCAAUUGCAAUUUUCCUAAGUCCCUCUUUGUAGCAACUGACCACACAACUGAACAGUAGUCCAAGUGCGACAAAACUAGAGCCUGUAGGACCUGCCUUGUUGAUAGUGCAGUUAAGAAGGUAGAGCAGCGCUUUAUUAUGGACAGACUUCUCCCCAUCUUAGCUACUGUUGUAUCAGUAUGUUUUGACCAUGACAGUUUACAAUCCAGGGUUACUCCAAUAAUAAUAAUAAUAAUAAUAAGCCAUUUAGUAGACGCUUUUAUCCAAAGCGACUUACAGUCGUGCGUGCAUACAUUUUUGUGUAUGGGUGGUCCCGGGGAUCGAACCCACUACCUUGGCGUUACAAGCGCCAUGCUCUACCAGCUGAGCUACAGAGGACCACGAGGUUUAGUCACCUCAACAUGCUCAAUUCCCACAUUAUUUAUUACAGUAUUUAGUUGAGGUUUAGGGUCUGGUGAAUGAUUUGUUCCAAAUACAAUGCUUUUAAUUUUUGAAAUAUUUAGGACUAACUUAUUCCUUGCCACCCAUUCUGAAACUAACUGCAGCUCUUUGUUAAGUGUUGCAGUCAUUUCAGUUGCUGUAGUAGCUGACGUGUAUAGUGUUGAGUCAUCCGCAUACAUAGACACACUGGCUUUACUCAAAGCCAGUGGCAUGUUGUUAGUAAAGAUUGAAAUAAGUAAGGGGCCUAGACAGCUGCCCUGGGGAAUUCCUGAUUAUACCUGGAUUAUGUUGGAGAGGCUUCCAUUAAAGAACACCCUCUGUGUGCUGUUAGACAGGUAACUCUUUAUCCACAAUAUAGCAGGGGGUGUAAAGCCAUGACACAUAUGUCUUUCCAGCAGCAGACUAUGAUCGAUAAUGUCAAAAGCAGCACUGAAGUCUAACAAAACAUCCCCCACAAUCUUUUUAUCAUCAAUUUCUCUCAGCCAACCAUCAGUCAUUUGGGUAAGAACUUGUUGAAUGUUCUUCCCUAUAAGCGUGCUGAAAGUAUGUUGUGAAUUUGUUUACUGUAAAAUAGCAUUGUAUCUGGUCAAACACAAUGUUUUCCAAAACUUUACUAAGGGUUGAUAACAGGCUGAUUGGUCGGCUAUUUCAGCCAGUAAAGGGGGCUUUACUAUUCUUAGGUAGCGGAAUGCCUGAGGGCACACACAUUCUAGUAGACUUAAAUUGAAGAUAUGGCAAAUAGGAGUGGCAAUAUCGUUCGCUAUUAUCCUCAGUAAUUUUCCAUCCAAGUUGUCAGACCCCGGUGGCGUGUCAUUGUUGAUAGACAACAAUACUUUUUUCACCUCUUCCACACUCACUUUAUGGAAUUGAAAAUUACAAUGCUUGUCUUUCAUAAUUUGAUCAGAUAUACUUGGAUGUGUAGUGUCAGCGUUUGUUGCUGCCAUGUUUCUUCUUUUUAUUCAGUUUAGUCACAUGAUUUCUCAAUUUGCAAUACGUUUGUCAAUCGGUUGUGCAGCCAGACUUAUUUGGCAUUCCUUUUGCCUCAUCCCUCUCAACCAUACCAUUUUUCAAUUCCUCAUCAAUCCACAGAGAUUUAACAGUUUUUACAGUCAUUUUCUUAAUGGGUGCAUGCUUAUUAGUAACUGGGAUAAGCAAUUUCAUAAAUGUGUCAAGUGCAACUUUUGUUUGCUCCUCAUUACACACCAUGGACCAACACAUAUUAUUUACAUCAACAACAUAGGAAUCACUACAAAACGUAUUGUAUGACCUCUUUUACACAAUAUUAGGCCCAGCCUUUGGAACUUUGGUUUCCCUAGAUAUGUCUAAUAUAUUGUGAUCACUACAUCCGAUGGAUCUGUAUACUGCUUUCAAGCACAUUUCUGCAGCAUUAGUAAAGAUGUGAUCAAUACAUGUUGAUGAUUUCAUUCCUGUGCUGUUUGUAACUACCCUGGUAGGUUGACUGAUUACUGUUACAGUUUGAAGCAUUUUCUUGAGUGGGCAGCUUGAUGAAAGCCAGUCAAUAUUUCAAUCACCCAGAAAAUAUGCCUCUCUGUUGAUAUCACAUACAUUAUCAAGCAUUUCACACGUUAGAUUUUAGAUUUUAGUCAUUUAGCAGACGCUCUUAUCCAGAGCGACUUACAGGAGCAAUUAGGGUUAAGUGCCUUGCUCAAGGGCACAUUUACGUCAUUUAGCAGACGCUCUUAUCCAGAGCGACUUACAAAUUGGUGCAUUCACCCUAUAGCCAGUGGGAUAACCACUUUACACUUUUUUUUUUUUUUUUUUUUUUGGGGGGGGGGGGUAGAAUGAUUACUUCCAGAUACUGACUGUUAGCACUUGGUGGUCUAUAGCAGCUUCCCACAAGAAUGAGGCAGAUGAACCUGUAGCCAUAUUACUUCAACAGUGUUUAACAUGAGAUCCUCUCUAAUCUUUACAGGAAUGGGGUUCUGAAUAUAAACAGCAACACCUCCACCACUGGCAUUUCUGUCUUUUCUGUAAAUGUUAUAACCCUGUAUUGCUACCACUGUAUCAUCAAAGGUAUUGUCUAAGUGCGUUUCAGAGAUAGUAGUAAGUUAUUAAUUUCAUGAAUCUUGUUUCUUAAGCUACAUAUGUUAACGUGGGCUAAUUUGAGCACUUUUCUGGGAUGCUUGCUUGUUUUCAUUGCUUUACUGGGAAGCUUAGCAGAAGUAGAUAUUCUCGUGUUAUUUGUGUUAGUGCAGGGUGAGCUGCACACAGUGGACUUCCUACUAGGGCAUACUGCCUCAGUGCUAACAGCAUACAUCUGGUUCAUAGACACAUGAUUGCUGCAUACAAUAGCUGUAGGAUCAGAAGAGGCAUUAAGGGCAGUUAGAGGGACAUAAAUUAGGUUACUUACAUUGUGUCUACCAAUGCCCCUGGUAUAAGGUACAUUUGCUAAAGCAUUAUGAUGACUCAGCAACACAAUAGUAGGGAUUAACUGAGCUGGGCUUGGGUCAUUGAUAAAUCAUUGGCUCAACGCAGCCUUAUAAUGCUGUGAAAGGAUCCAGGAACCCAAAUGAUUUAGGUGGAUCCCAUCUUCCUUAUAAAACAUGUUUUGUUUCCAAAAGGUAUCUGAAUUGUCAACAAAAGUUACACCCAUUGAGCUGCAAUAAUCACGUAGCCAGUUGUAAAGAGAACGAAUCCUGCUAAAGCGGUCAAUGACACGAUUCAGAGAGGGCACAGUGGCUUCUGUCUGGCCACUACCAUAAAGGCCUGAUUAGUGGAGUGCUGCAGAGAUGUUUGUCCUUCUAGAAGGUUCUCCCAUCUCCACAGAGGAACUCUGGAGCUCUGUCAGAGUGACCAUUGGCUUCUUGGUCACUUCCCUGACCAAGGCCCUUCUCCCCCGAUUGCUCAGUUUGGCCGGGCGGCCAGCUCUAGGAAGAGUCUUGGAGGUUCCAAACUUCUUUCAUUGAAGAAUGAUGGAGGCCACCGUGUUCUUGAGGACCUUCAAUGCUGCAUACAUUUUUUGAUACCCUUUCCCAGAUCUGUGCCUCGACACAACCCGUCUCUGAGCUUUACAGACAAUUCCUUCGACCUCAUGGCUUGGUUUUUGCUUUGACAUGCACUGUCAACUGUGGGACCUUAUAUAGACAGGUAUGUGCCUUCCCAAAUCAUGUCCAAUCAAUUGAUUUUACCACAGGUGGACUUCAAUCAAGUUGUAGAGACAUCUCAAGGAUGAUCAAUGGAAACAGGAUUCAUCUGAGCUCAAUUUCCAGUCUCAUAGCAAAGGGUCUGAAUACUUAUGUAAAUAAGGUAUUGUUUUUUAUUUUUAAUAUGUUUAAUUAGUUUUGUCAUUAUGGGGUAUUGUGUGUAGAUUGAUGAGGAACUUUUAGAAUAAGGCUGUAACGUAACAAAAUGUGGCAAAAGUCAAGGGGUAUGAAUACAUUCAGAAUGCACUGUAUACAAUAGUAUACUAUAGUAUUUUUUCAUGUGGGUUGUCAUGCCAAUGGAGUUGGCAAGAGCACAAACAGAUCUGGUACCAGGCUAAUAUAGAGUGCCUUAAGAAAGUAUUCACACCCCUUGACUUAUUCCACAUUUUGUUGUGUAACAGCCUGAAUAAAAAAAUUAUAAAAAAUGUUUUUCUCACUCAUCUACAAACAAUACCACAUAAUGACAAAGUGAAAACAUGUUUUUAGAAAUGUUUGCAAAUGUAUUGAAAAUGAAAUAUAUAAAUAUCUUUGUAGUGACUGGGUGUAUUGAUACACCAUCCAAAGUGUAAUUAAUAACUUUACCAUGCUCAAAGGGAUAUUCAAUGCUUUUUUUUAAUCUACCAAUAGGUGCCCUUUGCAAGGCAUCGGAAAACAUCUCUGGUCUUUGUGGCUAAAUCUGUGUUUGAAAUUCACUUCUCGACUGAGGGACCUACAGAUAAUUGUAUGUGUGGGGUUACAGAGAUGAGGUAGUCAGUCAAAAAUCAUGUUAAACAUUAUUAUUGCACACAGAGUGAGUCCAUGGAACUUAUUAUGUGACUUGUAAGCACAUUUUACUCCCGAACUUAUUUAGGCUUGCCAUAACAAAGGGGUUGAAUACUUAUUGACUCAAGACAUUUCAGCUUUUCAAUUAAUUAGAUAUUUUUUUAAAGAAGAUAAUUCCACCUUGACAUUAUGGGGUAUUGUGUAUAGUCAUAAAAAUCUCUUUAAUCAAAUUUUUUUUUAAUUCUGGCUAUAACACAACAAAAUGUGGAAACAGUAAAGGGGUGUGAAUACAUUCUGAAGGCACUGUAGAACAGAUAUUCUCAAUAAUAAUAUUUUGCAGAAUCAAUCAAUUAUGCAAUAACCACGUCUGGUGUGUUUGAAGCACCCCGAAGCCACAUGCCUCUGAAAGAUCCUCAUUGCAUGAACAUGUUCAGUGUAUUUUUUUUAAAUGUGGGGCCCUGUUGAACUUACACUGGAGAAGUCUCCUUCCUCAAGAUGCUCAAACAAAAGGUUGAUGUCAUCUCUGUCAUUCAAUGCGCCAGAGCUCAAUGUCAACUGUGCCACUUAUUUGGGUUGGGGUAAGCAGCGACAAUGAUUCCUUCUACAAACAAAAAUACACAACAACAAAAAAGAACAGUGGCGCAUAUGAGUGAGUGACAUUGUAAUAGUAUUGGGAGGUUAGUCACCCAGACAAACACUGUGGUGGUGGUGAAAGGACACUGAUGUACUAUUAGCCUGGGUACUAGUCUGUUUAGUGAAAAGGAAAAGGUGCAACGCUCGCUCACCAUUAAAAAUGCAUUGUUUUAUUCAAGCAAGGUUAAAAGAUUAAUGUUUCGGCCUUCAAUUCUUUCCAUACUAGUCUGUUUGUGCCAUCAUGCCACUCCUUGCCACUCCUUGUCAUGUUUGGAAUGACAAGGAGUGGCAAGAUGGCACAAACAGACUAGUACCCAAUGUACUACUACUCAUACACAAACACAGUUUGUCUGUCAGCCUCCUCAGAUAAUGUGGGUAUUGAUCCUCAUGUGAAUUAUAGCUGACAUACAAAAAUUAACUAUUAAUUACGACAGCCCCCACCCCCCACAAUCACAUCCACUUCCACCUCACUGGCCUGGUUCACAGUGAUCUAAUUAAUUUGGCCUGAAAUAGACAGACAGAGCCCUACAUUUCUGCAAUAGAGGAGUGUCGGCCUUGGAUGUAUCCACUUGCAGUAGUAAAAAAAAAAUGUAGAAAAAAUAAACGUGGGGCUUACUUUUCCCAACAGACAAAAUGCAGGUGACACAGAAUCCCCAUUAGAGCCACCAAGAUAAGGUAUUUAUUUGCACAUUUAUGCAUUUCAACAACAAGUCCUCAUAAGAUUGCACAUACAAUCUUUACAAUAGCUCCCUUUAUAUGCAUCACUUAGUAUUAUACACCAUCAAGAACCAAGCAAGGUAGGCUACUGUAGAUCAAUAGUUAACUGCAAGAAAUCUUCAUAGCUUUACAAUGCAAAAUUAAUUUCAGUGCACUUUAUUAUAUAUUUGGCAAUGAUCAAAUAUACCACAUUCACUCAUGAUUUUCAUUUAUACAAGACCCAAUCAACAUAAAUUAAAUAUACUGAAAAACAUUAGUAACACCUGCACUUUCCAUGACAUAGACUGACCAGGUGAAUCCAGGUGAAAGCUAUGAUCCCUUAUUGAUGUCACUUGUUAAAUCCACUUCAGGGAAGGAGACAGGUUAAAGAAGGAUUUUUAAGCCAUGAGACAAUUGAGACGUCGAUUGUGUACGUGUGCCAUUCAGAGGCUGAAUGGGCAAGACAAAAAAUGUAAGUGCCUUUGAAUAGGGUAUGGUAGUAGGUGACAGAGACACCGGUUUGUGUCAAGAACUGCAACGCUGCUGGGUUUUUCACACUCAACAGUUUCCCGUAUGUAUCAAGAAUGGUCCACCACCCAAAGGACAUCCAGCCAACUUGACACAACUGUGGGAAGCAAUGGAGUCAACAUGGACCCGCAUCCCUGUGGAAUGCUUUCGACACCUUGUAGAGUCCAUUCUCCGAUGAAUUUAGGCUGUUCUAGGGCAAAAGGGGGUGCGCAACUUAAUAUUAGGAAGGUGUUCCUAAUGUUUUGUUCACUCAGUGUAUAUAGCAAAUGUAUAGGCAUGUCUGAAAUUCACAACCUUUCAUUCUAACAAUCAGAUUAAACAUAAAUACUGUAAAUGAAAAUCCAACAGCAUUUCAAUAUCAAUCAACUUGACAAAUGAUAUUUAACUUAUUUGAUGCAAUAGAAAAUACAUUAAAUAAAGCAACUGUAGAAGGAGAAUUCUUACAUUUUGCUUAUAUGGUAAUAGAAAUCUAUGAAGAAUUAAGCUGUUAUUAAGGUAGUAUUUACUAUAACUAUCUUUACUGAAAUUAAGCAUGAAUACCAAAACAUACAGUGGGGAAAAAAAAGUAUUUAGUCAGCCACCAAUUGUGCAAGUUCUCCCACUUAAAAAGAUGAGAGAGGCCUGUAAUUUUCAUCAUAUGUACAUGUCAACUAUGACAGACAAAAUGAGAAAAGAAAAUCCAGAAAAUCACAUUGUAGGAUUUUUUAUGAAUUUAUUUGCAAAUUAUGGUGGAAAAUAAGUAUUUGGUCAAUAACAAAAGUUUCUCAAUACUUUGCUAUAUACCCUUUGUUGGCAAUGACACAGGUCAAACGUCUCCACAAGGUUUUCACACACUGUUGCUGGUAUUUUGGCCCAUUCCUCCAUGCAGAUCUCCUCUAGAGCAGUGAUGUUUUGGGGCUGUCGCUGGGCAACACGGACUUUCAACUCCCUCCAAAGAUUUUCUAUGGGGUUGAAAUCUGGAGACUGGCUAGGCCACUCCAGGACCUUGAAAUGCUUCUUACGAAGCCACUCCUUCGUUGCCCGGGCGGUGUGUUUGGGAUCAUUGUCAUGCUGAAAGACCUAGCCACGUUUCAUCUUCAAUGCCCUUGCUGAUGGAAGGAGGUUUUCACUCAAAAUCUCACGAUACAUGGCCCCAUUCAUUCUUUCCUUUACACGGAUCAGUCGUCCUGGUCCCUUUGCAGAAAAACAGCCCCAAAGCAUGAUGUUUCCACCCCAUGCUUCACAGUAGGUAUGGUGUUCUUUGGAUGCAACUCAGCAUUCUUUGUCCUCCAAACACGACGAGUUGAGUUUUUACCAAAAAGUUCUAUUUUGGUUUCAUCUGACCAUAUUACAUUCUCCCAAUCCUCUUCUGGAUCAUCCAAAUGCACUCUAGCAAACUUCAGACGGGCCUGGACAUGUACUGGCUUAAGCAGGGGGACACGUCUGGCACUGCAGGAUUUGAGUCCCUGGCGGCAUAGUGUGUUACUGAUGGUAGGCUUUGUUACUUUGGUCCCAGCUCUCUGCAGGUCAUUCACUAGGUCCCCCCGUGUGGUUCUGGGAUUUUUGCUCACCGUUCUUGUGAUCAUUUUGACCCCACGGGGUGAGAUCUUGCGUGGAGCUCCAGAUCGAGGGAGAUUAUCAGUGGUCUUGUAUGUCUUCCAUUUCCUAAUAAUUGCUCCCACAGUUGAUUUCUUCAAACCAAGCUGCUUACCUAUUGCAGAUUCAGUCUUCCAAGCCUGGUGCAGGUCUACAAUUUUGUUUCUGGUGUCCUUUGACAGCUCUUUGGUCUUGGCCAUAGUGGAGUUUGGAGUGUGACUGUUUGAGGUUGUGGACAGGUGUCUUUUGUACUGAUAACAAGUUCAAACAGGUGCCAUUAAUACAGGUAACGAGUGGAGGACAGAGGAGCCUCUUAAAGAAGAAGUUACAGGUCUGUGAGAGCCAGAAAUCUUGCUUGUUUGUAGGUGACCAAAUACUUAUUUUCCACCAUAAUUUGCAAAUAAAUUCAUAAAAAAUCCUACAAUGUGAUUUUCUGGAUUUUUUUUCUCUCAAUUUGUCUGUCAUAGUUGACGUGUACCUAUGAUGAAAAUUACAGGCCUCUCUCAUCUUUUUAAGUGGGAGAACUUGCACAAUUGGUGGCUGACUAAAUACUUUUUUUCCCCACUGUAUGACUGAAUGAAUUGGUUAUGGUGUUAAAAACCUUAAAAACUCAUUUGAAAUGUAAUCAAAAGAAUGUUGCGGGCUGCUUUAAUCAGUGUGAGAUCAACAACUUUGAACCAGACUCAGACUUUGUCUGUGUCCCAAAUGGCACCCUAUUCCCUAUGGGUCUUGGUCAAAAGCAGUGCACUAUAUAGGGAAUAGGGUGCCAUUUGAGACGCACCAGUGUCUCUCUUCUCACACCUCUGUGUGGGUUGAGGAGUAUGAUGAGGAUGAAGAGGAAGAUGAAGAGGAUGACGUGUCUUUUUUACUCGUCUGACGAGUGGAACCUUCAGCGGCCCUGAACUGCCAGGUAACCUUCCUUGGUUGAUCAGUUACGGGGACUGUAACUUCCUCUGUCACUGGCUCUGUCACUGGUUUCACUUCCUCACAGAAUAGAUCAGACAACACUUCCUGCUCUAGUUCCUCCCACAGAUCCCAUGUUGGUUGUUUGAUUGGUUUAGACUUAGGGCUGGACUCGGCCUCAUCAGAAUCCCAGUCACUGUCUCCAACCAUGGAGCCGAGCACAAAGUCCACUCCGGACCCGCUGUCAUCGGAGGAGUCGGACUCCUUGGAACAACUAAUAAAGGAAGAGUGGCCUUCUGUGGCGAGCAGGUGGCACUCAGGACCCGCCAGAUACACAAAGCUAUCUGUUGAGAGGAAGUCACUCUCCUCAACGUUGGGGCAGAGCGGUAUGGAAAGGGAGGUUGAGGGUAUUGACUCAGUCAGAGAGGGGAGAGAGGGGGACUCCUCCUGUGCCAGUGAGACAGCAGGGGGCACAGACACAGCCAGGUAUACAAAACUAUCUGUAGUGACGAACGGAUCCAGGUCACUGCUGUCCAGGCCUGACUUCUUCCGUGGCAUCUCAUGUCUGGAGGGGGAUAAGGGGAGUGGGGAGUCAGUGCCCGAUAUGAUCUUAACACUCUUGUUCCUCGGUUUCAAUUCUGCCUGGUUUAAAGGGGUGAAAACAUCAUGUAGAUCUGGAUUAUCUGGCCCUUCAUUGUUGCUGGAUUGCAGCUCACCCAUUUCAGUGUCUUUCAUCAAAGGUGCGUCUUCCUCAAUCCCAUAUCCCUCACAGUGAGAGGAGCUCUUUAAGAGUGAUGGGUAGGACCACUGGAGCUCAGUGCUCUCCUCCCUCCCCCAGUCUUUAAAUGCCACCUCAUCUUUAUCCUGGUCCAGAGAUGUGUUGCUCCCCAAGUCUGACUCAGUCAAGGGUCUGUCACUACCAUCUGAGGCGUCGUAUUCCUGGCUGGUCUGACUGGGGUUCGACAUGAAGACUCCACUUGAAUCUGACUCCAAGGUCAGGUUGGAAUCAGGUGAACCGUCUUCCUUGACAUUUGUUGUCCCUGUUGAACACCCCAUGGCAAGGAGUUCCAGGCUGGGUUGGGUACUGCUCUGUUCAGGUUCAGAGACUGUUCCAGAAACAAUAGACUGCCCUGCUGUGAGCCGUGAAGCUUUCUUUCUCAGAGAAUCUGUCAGACAUUGUUCUGCCACAAGCUCACUUUCUACAUCCUUGGCCCUCCUCUCCAGCUCCAGGAGAGAGAGUUCAGAAGCAGCACUAGAGGGCGGGUGAGAUCCUUCAAACCCAGAAGGGGGUUUGAGCAGAGGCCAGUGCCUCAGAGAGCCAGUGUAAGACUCUGCGUCCCCCCAGCCUUCAUCCCACAGUGUGUUCACCAUACCGAGCACUGUGUCCCACUCCUCCACAUCCUCCCCCUCAGCACCACCACCCCCUGCUCCACCCUCCUGCUCCUUGCUUUCAGGAUCUCCCUCCUUUACACUUGACUCAGUGCCAUUGCUGCUUUUACAUUCUGUCUCCUCCCCUCCUUCCCAUUCCUCCUUUGGCUUUUGGAGAGUUUUUUUUGCAGAGUAGACCCUCCAAUUGUCCAAGUGUUGCUCCUUCAAGGAGUAACCUACCCUACCCAUCAACCCUACCAAGUUACCCUGGUGCUCAGAGAAAGGGGUGAGGCGGGGAAGGUUUUUUCUCUCCAUGGCACUAAGUGCCACCAGGGAGGGCAGAGGGGGAAGGAUAGGAAAGUUAUGGAGUGCACCACCUUGUCUAACAGUUCUCUUCCUUACAAUCAGCCUGCGAGGCCAGGUGGAUUCCAUAGGCUGGGGGCUCAGAGCACGAGCAGGAGCAGGUCCUGGGGAAAUCUGAUUGAGCAAGAGGGGGGUAGUGUCAUGGGGUGGCUCUGGGGAGAAGGGAGAAUCAUUGUCAAUGGCUGAGUCCAGUGCCUUCGUCCUCGGUGCAAAACCAAAAACCCCAACAUUCUCCUCUUGAGACAUGGAGCCCACUGAGUGGGAAACCGCUCUUUUAUUCUCAAUCUCUCCCCCUUUCUCUUUCUUUCUUUCUCUUUCUCCUAUCCUUCUGAGAUCCUCUUGAACACAUUGGAGGGCCGUGACAGAGAGCUGGGCGAGAGGGGGUUUGGGAGGUGGGUGAAGAGGCUGAGAGGGGGGUGAUUCUUCGAAGAUGAAGUUCUGAUGCUGAAACGGCAGUGGUUUGGCUGGGGAGUAGAACACAGGGGUGUGACAGCCAGAGGAGAGAGGUGACCCAGAGAAGGGUGAGAUGAGAGGGGAGGUCGUGUUGUGUUGUGGGUAGAAAGGAGUCAAGAAAUUCUUCUCCAUUACAUCGCCAGAUGAGAGUUCUAGAUGUUCAAGAUGCUUGGGAGGUGUUAGGACUUUCCAGGAGUGCCGGCCGUUGUCCCCUCUCUUGCCGCUGUCAUGCUGGUGUUGAUAAUGUCUCUUGCCACUGGAGGAGGAAUUUCCCCCAGGGGCUGACAUCAAGGAGACACUGGGGGACACUGACCUCCCCCCAAACCCCCCUGGGGAACGGCUGCUCUGGCCAGCUUCAACCAGCUUCAGCUGGUCAAAUAUCACCCUUUCGUCUAGCCUCCUACCCAUGGAAGGUAUGGGAGUUGUGGAUCGUGCCUCGAACGUGAUCAUGUCCCCGCAGGCACCUGCCCCUAACCGUUGGUUACCGUUGCUGGAGAAGUUGUUGUCCUGGCCUCCCCUGGAGAUGAUGGUGCUCUGAGCAGAGCCAUGGUCAAUCUGUUCAUUGAUACACAUAGUGUCGUAGAUGGAGCGCUGGGGGAUGUAACCGUCCUCAUUGUAGCCAUCCCCGUCCACACUCUUCUGAAGGCAGCAGGGGCACUGCCUGAAGCAACCCGGUCGACUAAGAGGCUUCCCCAUAGUGUUCUAUCCACCACCAGCAGAAAUUACUGUCAGUAAAUGUUCCAAAAAGAGUAGUCCAAAAAGAGAUGGUAAUUGAAAUAUACUAGAUUACAAGAGGUGCAGGGAGACAACUUAAAAAUUAGUAUGAUGCAUGUCAGCGCAUUCCUUUUCAUCAUGCAAUAGUCAGUUGCAAAUAUGAUAAAUAUUCAGCUUGCCAUCUGUAAAGUCUAUUAAAACCGCCUCUCUCUCCUCUCAAUAAUACCAAUAGAGGAGCUUGGAGAAAUUAUUUUUAGUCAUACAGAGGCAUAUUAAAGAACAAUUUCGCUCGCUUCCUCUGACAGAACUGCAGCCAACAACACAUAAACAGAUUUGCAAGGUGUUGAAUAGAGUUGCAGCUUCAAAAAAUAACACACGACUUCAACAUGAUUGCUGGGUAACUCACUGUUCUCUCUGUGCUGGUCCAUUCAGAACCCCCAAAGUAUUUCCCUUUGUCUAUCUCCGCAUCGCCUUCUCCUCAUACUAGUCUCUGCUGUCAUCAACUUCCAUCGUCCCCAUCAAUAAAUUAGUCAAAAACUUGUCAUUUCCAUGGUAUCUGAUUAAUCCACACCUUUGCUUGCAAUCCAGAAUACAGCCUUUCUGAAAUGAAGAAAUUAAAGGUUUAAGAAACCAUGUUAAUCAUCCUCGUCUGCUCAGAGACACUGAUUAUUUGACAAAUGGUCUCUUAUUUGAACACCAACGCACACUGCCCCACCUCCUCUCUCUCACCCGCUCUCCAUCUCUCGCCCUCACACAAUUGCAGAUUCCCCUCCCCCAUGUUUGUAAGGCUGCUUCAGGGCUUUUGUUAAGAGGUUUCUGUUAAAGACUAACUUUCUCUAUUUUUUUCUUUCUCUCUGUCCCCUUUUCUCUCGAUUUAGGUUUGACCUCUGUGGGCUUUGA